UUGGCCUCAGGCCAGGCCUUGCGGCGGGGGUGGGGGUCGAGGGUAGUUAAUCUAGGUGCUUUCCCCGCGGACUGCUUCUCGCGGGAGACUCGCAUCCUGCCUUGACCUUUACCUCGCUGCCUCAAUUCCGAGGAAAAGAUGAAAGAGGAAAAGCCGGUCGUUUUGAGAAGCAGCUGAUUGCCUUGAAGGAUAGUGUAGGGGUCCAGCGCAUCUUCUCCAAUAAUACGGAAGGAAAAUUACCGGCAUCAAGGGGGACGUACUAACAGGGACCAUACCUUGAGCGCUUGUGUGCAAAGUUAUCUUUGCGGGAUAAAACGGCCCAUUUAUGCAGCUCCAAAGCAUUCCCUUCGCAACUGUCAACGGAAUCCUGAUGUGCCAGGCACUUUGAUGUUGCCUUGAGAACUUAGCGCAUGUUCUGAGCUUCUGGCAUUAUUUCUAAAUUGUACCAAUUGGAACAGAGAUCCUGGAAAAUCUGAUUAUAUUGAAGACCAUCUUAGUUUUGGGUUAAAGAGUAUGACCCAACUAGUCGUGGUUGAAACUUAAAACAAGUCCUUUUGCAGAAAGAAAACAAGUUGCCUGUGAACUGUAAAUAGAUAUUUCGAGUCUUAAGAGGCUAUCAUGGAGGGAUUGCCUUAAUCUUUUUGACCAAAUCUUUUCCCAAAUAUGUAAAGUAAUAACAGUUUGAAGGAAUUCUGCUUGGACUCAGCACAGUAUUAGCAAAGAAUGAUUUUCACUAAAACGUAGAUUCCAAUGAAUUACUUUUCAGCAACAAUUCAAACAUACUGAAAACCUUUUCAAUUCCCGAUUAACCAAUAGCUGUGAAAAACAGUGUUCAUUGUUAGUUAAAAUGCAAAACCACCCACAACUGCUUCGAAGACCUUUACCUCCAAAACUCCCUAAGCUGCCUUUACCUAAGAAGAGAGUCUAUGCAGCCAAGACUGGUAAAGCUAAGCCAAAACGUGUGACGUUCACUCCAGAAGAAACCACUUCAACUGAAAGAAAGAAAACUAGUUUUCCUGAUGUUUCAAGAGAUCGAUCACAAACCCCGAUCAGUAUCCAAAAUCUCUCUCUUGAUCAUCAUGUCCAAGAAAGAGUGACGACUAUUUCAAUACCAAGAAAACAUUUUAACAGGGUCUAUUGGCACAUUCCAGACACUGCUACUGGUUGCAUAUUUUUUCCAAGCUGUCAUUCAGCCUCAAGUCGAGUUUUUGGGAAAGAAACAAGCCAAACGGAAACUUCAAGAAAAUCAAAACGAGAAGUGUCAAAAAGAAAAAAUAUUUAUGUUGAUAACAUGUUCAAAGACAUUCUGAUUCUCUCCUCAGAGUUCUCCAGACCUGCAAGUGCACCUUCCCCAGUUAUUACUCCCAAACCCAAGGAAGUUCUCUCUGAGUAUCCACCUUUAUCAAAGAAGAAAACCUUUAUUUUUAAGCAGGCUCUGAUAGAUUUAAGUGAAACAGGGCCAAGCCCUCCACCAAGAAGUGUGCCUCUUAAAGCAGAAAGACAGUGGUCUGAACGUUUAAAGCAAAAUACUGCAGUGGUGCUAACUAUUAGUAAUUUUCCAGGUCCCAUCGCCCUACCAACACCAAUUUUGCCAAGAAAACCUCGAAGACAGUCUUUGUUAGAAACUCAAGUAACAGAAUCCGACAAUGUGGAAAGCACGUCGAGGCAAAGCGUGCCAAACCUGACGGAAGGUAUCAUUAACAUUAAACCUAUAAAAAGAGAAGAAUCACAUGUGAUACGGGGUGAAGGUUUUAAGACUAUUAAUGCAACACGAUAUGAAACAAUAAUAGCCAUGACCAACCUAGCCAUAAUUAACUGUCAAAUACAUGGAAGAAAUGCACUUAAUCUUAAGGGUUUUUUUAUUAUGACUUGUCCAGACUUAACACCGUUGGCUUCCCAACUGAUAUAUCUUAACUUAUCCUUUAAUGAGAUCAGUUAUUUUCCCACAGAAAUAUUUUGUCUUAAAAAUUUACAACUACUAUUCCUGAGAAAUAAUCCUAUCAAAGAAAUCCCUUCUGAAAUCCAACAGCUUAAGUUCCUUAGAGUUUUCAGCAUCGCCUUUAAUUUGAUCACUACCCUUCCACCUGGGUUAUUUUCUUUGGCCCAUCUUGAGGAACUUGAUAUCUCCUACAAUAGUGUUGCUUCUAUCCCAAACAAAAUCCAGAAACUCAGAUUACUUGAAAAUCUGAAUGUUAACGGGACUGAUCUGACUACUUUUCCACCUGCGCUUUUGAAGCUUAACCUGAAAAAACUCCAGUUUGAGAACACUUUCACGCAUCCUACUUUUUGGAAAGAGAAUUCUUUAAAUAGCCCCCCGUGUCUGACUCAUCUUACUUCCUUGUUCUUCUUAAAAAGUAAUCUAGACAAAUAUUACGAUGAGAUCCCAGUGGAAAUUCAAGAGCUGCUAAAAUGCCCGUCUACAUGUGAAUGGUGUCACGGUCCCAAGUUUGGUGAAGGUUUUCGAGUCAUCCGAUCCUGUGAUAUUUUUGGAGCAACACAGCUUCCUGUUUUGUACCAUGUCUGUUCUUCCUACUGCUAUAGAAAAGUAAAGGAGAGCAGUUUUAUUUUAAAGAAUGAUCCCAGUAAAAGAAGAGCUCUAAAUUCUGAGUUGAUAAGUCAUACAAUGAUUUAGGAGUCCCACUUUAAAAGCGAUUAAAGUUUGUGUAUAUGGUAGUUCCUGUCUUUGAGAGUACAGGUUCUGUCUUCUCUGAGGCCUCUUUGUAACCCCAGCUCCUUAAGGAACUUUGUGAUUGUGAGGAAAUUGUUGCAGAAUAAUUACUUUAGGAAGAUUAGUAAAAGGUCUUGGGAUUUCAGUGAAGAUCUAGAAAAUUACUGCAUGUUGGGCGUAAAAUGAGAACUGACAGAAUCCUUCGCAAAAAAAAAAAAAAACAAUUUAUCUUACAACUGGCUUUUUUGGCCAUCCAUUCCAAGUGAUAAGAUAGCAUUUCAAAGUCAAACAGUGGCAUUUGUGCCUCCUAUGGGUUCAAAGCCACGUACCCAAGUUGUCUUUGUGAAUGCUGUUCAUGAAUUUUUGUGGAAAUCUGCCCAGUGCCAACCAUCUCCAUUGUGGAUUGUUUUCGGUAAUAAAAG